UGUCAAAAGACAUAUUAAGAAGAAAAAGAAUUUUUCAUUUAUAUCAUAAUUUUGCAAAGUAAAAAGAAAAUUUUUUGAAAAAUACUAUAAAAUUUUAAAGUUUUAUAUAAAAAUAAUUAAUACAAAACGAAUUUAAAUGUGUGUGGAUAGGAAUUAUCUACAAAUUAAUGCUCAUUUUAAGAGCUUUAACGAGAAAAAAUAAGAAAAACUAGUGGGACAAAACAAAAAAAAAUCAAGAAAAAGCCUUAAAAAAACUACGACGACAUUUAGUAAAACGGGAAGAAGCAUACUAAUAUUACCAAUCUACACCCCUUUUACAUACGGAAAUAUUUAAACAUAAAGAAAAUCUUGGAAUUUUAUAGAGAAACUUAACAAAAUGCCUACCUCUAGAUCUUCAGCAGCGGCCGAAGUGGUGCAUACAGGUUCGGGCCCUCAGCCGCUUGUGAAAAUAGGCCAUUAUUUGUUGGGUGCCACCUUAGGUACAGGCACCUUUGGCAAGGUCAAGAUAGGCGAACAUCAAAUGACUAAGCACAAGGUGGCAGUGAAAAUAUUGAAUCGUCAAAAGAUCAAGUCUUUGGAUGUGGUGGGCAAGAUUCGUCGAGAAAUACAAAAUCUUAAACUGUUUCGUCAUCCUCAUAUUAUUAAACUGUAUCAGGUGAUUUCCACUCCCACUGAUAUUUUCAUGAUUAUGGAGUAUGUUAGUGGUGGCGAACUGUUUGAUUACAUUGUCAAGCAUGGCAAGUUGCAGGAGCAUGAGGCUAGACGUUUCUUCCAACAGAUUAUUUCGGGUGUGGACUAUUGUCAUCGUCAUAUGAUUGUACAUCGUGAUUUGAAGCCUGAAAAUUUGUUAUUGGAUCAUAAUAGACAUGUUAAAAUUGCCGAUUUUGGUUUGUCCAAUAUGAUGUUGGACGGUGAGUUUUUGCGUACUUCCUGUGGCUCUCCUAACUAUGCAGCACCUGAGGUUAUUUCCGGCAAAUUGUAUGCUGGUCCUGAGGUUGAUAUCUGGUCUUGUGGAGUGAUUUUAUAUGCUUUGUUGUGUGGUACUUUGCCUUUUGAUGAUGAACAUGUACCCACUUUGUUCCGCAAGAUUAAAUCGGGCAUUUUUCCUAUACCCGAGUAUUUGAAUAAACAAGUGGUUAAUUUGGUAUGUCAAAUGUUGCAGGUGGAUCCUUUAAAACGAGCCAAUAUUGAGGAAAUUAAGAAACAUGAAUGGUUCCAAAAGGAUUUACCUUCUUACCUAUUCCCCUCCUCUAUAGAGCAGGAUUCGAAUGUUAUUGAUACUUAUGCUGUAGCAGAGGUGUGCUCCAAAUUUGGUGUUAAGGAGCAGGAAGUGCAUAAUGCCUUAUUAAGCGGUGAUCCUCAUGAUCAAUUGGCUAUAGCUUAUCAUUUGAUUAUAGACAACAAACGCUUUGCGGAUGAGGCGGCUAAAACCGAAAUCAACAACUUCUUUGUGGCAGGUUCUCCUCCCCCAGCAGCCCACUCACCUAAUGAAAGUCCCGAACUAAUGGCCGGUGGUUCUGGCUCGGGUACAUCUACACCAGGUAGAACUUCUCUAACGCCUUCAAUGAAACCGCAUCCCGAACGUAUUGCUCCCAUGCGAGAAAGACAAUUAGCCAUGACUAUGGUUCAGCAGCAAGGUGGAGCCGCUUUUCCUGAAAAAACCGCUCGAGGCACUCCGAUUAAACGUGCCAAAUGGCAUUUGGGCAUACGUUCACAAAGCAAACCCAAUGAUAUUAUGUUAGAGGUCUAUCGUGCCAUGAAAGCUUUGGACUACGAAUGGAAAAUCAUUAAUCCCUAUCAUGUGCGUGUACGCCGUCAAAAUACCAAAAAUGGCAAAUAUUCGAAAAUGUCAUUGCAGUUGUAUCAGGUGGAUGCUAAAAGUUAUCUAUUAGAUUUUAAAUCAUUGACCAACGAUGAGGUAGAACAGGGUGAUGAUGUUAUCUUAGAGAGUCUAACACCACCGCCUUUAAGCAAUACGGGCAUUAUGCCACCACAGCCGACAGGCCAUCAUACAAUGGAAUUUUUUGAAAUGUGUGCUGCUUUAAUUAUACAAUUGGCACGUUAAAUUAACACCUUUUUUAUAUGUAUUUAAAUUUUUUAUUAUUAUUAUAACUAAUCGAAAAAUUGGCUUUUUAAACAUUAAUCACAACAUUAAGACCCCCUGAAUACACUUGUAAACAAAGUAAUUUUAAACAUUUCAGUUGAAACUUUUAACUACCUUAAAGACCAAUUGGUUAUUUAACAAAAAUUUAACUUUAUAGUACAAAUGGUAUUUUCUUAAAUUUCCCAACAGCUACUGAAAUUUGUUAAUGUGCUAUUUGGGGCUCAGCUUGUUGCUUUAAUCUAUAUUAUGUUUUAAAGUUUCUUAAAUUUUUAUAACAAAUUGGUGUUGUUGUCUUUUUACAUUUAAAAAAAAUGUUUAAAAGUUUUUAAAACUUUUGUUUCUUUUUAAUUUUCCCUUUCAAUUGUUUUGUCUUUUAUGUUUAUUUUCCAAUUGUUAUUAGUUUUUUUUGCUAUUAUUUAGCUUAUUUUUAUUUUUUAUUUUAGCAACGAAUGAAUGGCUUUAGCAUGCUAGAGUUAAAAAGGCAAACAGAUAAAAAAACUCUAUAACUUAUAUUAGUUUGGUCGCAAUAAAUAUUAUAUUUUUUGUAUUAGUUUUAAGUGAAGUAACCCAUUUCUUUUGUUAAUAAAGUAUUAAACAAAAAAACUAUAAAAUAAAAAAA